GUCCGGUCCUUUAAAUAUUGAACGAUCGGAGCGGACGGCUCUUCCUAGUAAUGUCAUCCCAUUGAUCGGAGCUGUGUGUGCCGUGUACAGACAUCAUGUUCGAUCGGGAGAGGGGAUGGAACCUGUCCUUCGCCGGCUGCGGCUUCCUCGGGGUCUACCAUGUCGGGGUGUCCAGCUGCCUGCAGGAGAGAGCGCCCUAUCUCAUCACCGAGGCCACCAAGAUCUAUGGGGCGUCCGCCGGGGCUCUCAAUGCUGCCGCCCUGGUGUGCCAGUGCUGCCUGGCUCAAUGUUGUUCAGAUGUAAUGGAGGUGGCCAAGGAAGCCAGAAAGAGAAACUUGGGCCCGCUGCACCCUUCCUUUAAUCUCGUCAAGAUCCUAAAGGACGGACUCUACAGAAACCUCCCUGAAAAUGCACAUGAGCUGGCAUCGGGGAAACUGUGUGUAUCCCUAACCCGGGUCUCAGAUGGAGAGAACGUUUUGGUGUCGGAGUUCAGCUCAAAGGAGGAACUUAUUCAGGCUUUAGUAUGCAGUGCCUUUGUCCCAAUUUACUGUGGGAUUAUUCCUCCUACAUUUAGAGGCGUGCGUUAUGUAGAUGGUGGCAUUAGCAACAACUUGCCUGAAUAUGAACUUAAGAACACCAUCACAAUCUCGCCUUUCUCAGGAGAGUCCGAUAUCUGCCCGAGAGAUAACUCCACCAACUUCCAUGAGCUCCGAGUCACCAACACCAGCAUCCAGUUCAGCCUGGGGAACCUCUACCGGCUAACACGAGCGCUCUUCCCCCCGGAGCCCAAAGUUUUGGGAGAGAUGUGUCAACAGGGAUACAAUGAUGCACUUCGAUUCCUAAAAGAAAACAAUCUCCUAAACAUGCCAUCGCCCAUACCAUAUCCCUCUUUAACAGAAGAGAAGCCCAUUGCCUCUACUUCCUGCAGCAGUCUGGAAUGCGCCAUGUCCUCCAAUGUAAAGAAAGCAGAAGAAACGGAAGUAGAAAAGAGGCCUCUGGUGAAGCAGGAGAGUUGGCAUCUGGAUAGAAGAAUCAUGGAAAAACUUCCACCUAGACUCUGCAAAGCAUUGCAGGAAGCCUGUAAAGAGAAAGGAGGACUCUACAGCCAGAUCACUGGUUUCCUUCCUGUGAGAGUGGCCUCUUAUAUGGCUCUGCCAUGUACUCUGCCGGUUGAAUCUGCAUAUUCUUUAGCUCUGAGGUUAGUAGAUUGGUUCCCUGAUAUCCCAGAUGAUGUUCGCUGGAUGCGCUCUGUAGUUGGCUCAGUGUAUCACCAAGCAAGGAAAAGAUUGCUCCCACCAAGACCGCCAGUUCGCAGCACCUUGAGAAAGUGCCUGAGCCUUCCAUCUCCACUCCUGCAGGCCUCUGCCUAUCUGUCUCCCAAUACCUACUCCUCCAUGGACCUGGAGGGCUGGGUGUUUGACUUCUCCUCCCCUUUGAGCUCAGAUGUUCUGAAUUCUGAUUUACACACAAGGAACCUUGCCCUCCCCUCGUUUGACCCUGAUGACUCCGGAGUAGAACUAUCCCUCUCUGGUGAUGACAUGGACUCCUGUUCUUCAGAAGUGAAUUUUCUGUAAAAUCUAGAACUGUGUAAUAAGUUUUUUUUUCUUUUGGUGCUCAAUUCUCAGGAUAUGUAAAAAAUGUCAUACUUGGUACUAUUUUUUACAGCAGCCCACAAGCUGCACAGCACUACUAAAUCACUUUUCUAGAACUGGCACUUGGAAAAUUUCAAAGAACGCCACACAAAUCAAUUUUACAAAAUAAAUUGAAUUGGGGAAAUUUAUACAGGUUAAUAUUUACUCUGGGAGCCGCACUGUAAGGUUCCUCCAUAAGGUUUGUCUCUAAAGUCUCACUUGAGUCUGAGAGUGGCAAGUAGGUGUGAUGUGGAUCUGAAGUGUUGCAUACGCAACUGCUCAUUGGUGGAUCCUUAUAGCGGCGUCCCAGAUAGAAGUAUAACUCUAAAUCUAUAUUGCCCUCGUAAUCCCCCUGCCCCCAAAUUUAUUUCUAAGAGUAUUUCUUGAGUCAUCUUCUGAUCCUCCUGUGAUGACAUUUUUUGACAAAGACUUCAACGUCUGCAACUACUACCACUUGGACAGGCCAUGGUCCUUUGCUAUGAGAUUUGGUGUCUAAAAAGAAUGCUUGAACUUGCUAUAUACUUUUAAGCCUUUCCAGUUCAAUGGAUGGGUUUUUCUUUUUCUGUAUGAGAUCAUUUCUAAUCACUUUUAUUUUUUUUAUGCACGUGGCACCAAGAUUUCAUAAAUGGUAUUCACUUUCUUGGGAUGAAAGCAGUACACUGGUUUAGCUCAGGGUCUUAUUUUGUAUGAAUCUAAUUUGUCACCUCUCACCAGAAGGGAUGCUAUAUGUAUAUAAGAAGUUUUAAUAACUUGGUGCUUUGAGAUUUUAAAUUAAGCCAACAAUGUAGCAGUUUGAUGCACAGAACAAAUGUUCACGGUGAGAUGACAAUGGUGCUUUUGCAGUGUUCUUGAAGGCCAACUGCUCCCAAACUCUAGCUUUAGUCUGCUUGCGAAUGAAAUUGUACGAUGACUCCUGUCCUGAAUCUCAGGUAUUUUCCCAACUAUUGCAGUUAAUACAAAAUCAAUGGACGGGUCACAUUCCGCUUAUAGCCAUUUCACAACCGAAUUCAGUCCAUAUAUCGACGAGCCCCAGUGCACCUCUUCCAGUCUUUUAGACCUAACUUGAUUCAGGGAGAAAUAAUGGAUGGUGCUGUCAACAAAUGGCAAAGUCACAAGUAUUGUGCCAGCCCACUGAUUUUUUGUUUGUUUUUUCCCUGCCAACCAAUGCAACAUUUCUGAGCCACUAGGGUCCCCUUCCUCAGGAAUUGGUGAGCAACAGUCGUGGAGACCUUGUGAGAAGGCAGGGAACAGAAUGCUAAGAAGAAUUCUCACCUCCUGGCUUCUGAGAGUUCUAAAAGUUGCAGAAUUCAAGCUGUCAGUGGCCAAAAUGGCGUCAUCGGUUCUGUCUGGAGUGUGUUUCCAAGUCCCCAGAGGUUUAAAGCGCAGGAUCAGCUUUCAUGCUCCAGCUGCUGCAAAGCGUUCUGUGAUGCUACCUAGUUCUGCAGAAAAGCUGAUUUUUUUCUUUUUUUUUUUUUUUUUCUGUCUGGGUAAUGCAGACUAGAUUAUUAUUUUUUAGGUGUUUACAUUUCUAAAAUUGCCAAACUAUUAUGGAACGUACUGUAGUUUUAACAAGGAAAGCAGUAGAGAAAUUGCAAAACUAGGCAUGAAAAAACAUGCGCAAAACUAAAGCUGUCGUCCCUAGCAGCUAAAUGAGUUGGAAAGAUAAAUCUGGUUGCUAUGAGCAGGUCUGUGUUUAUGUAUGUAUGUAUGUAUUCAAUCAAACCAUUUCCGACAGGGCCGCAAGAGGCCCUGAGCUACUACUAAAGGGCAAGGGAAUAUCCUAAAUAUUGCACCUUAUUCUCCCAAACUGCGCUGGAUACAGGAAAGGGAGAAGCAGAUUGUUGUGUAUAACUAGAUCUGUUCUGGGUCUGGCAGUUUCCACUGUGGCAGUGAACCAAUCUUUUAUAGGAAUUAAAAAAAAAAAAAA